AUGACGAAGAAGAUCCAUCAUUUGCAGUCUGUUUUGUUCACUCUUAAGGGAGACUCAAGGCUUAAAGAUAUAGAAGAAGAGGUACGGCUUCUGUGGGCUGCAUCAAGAAGUAGUACAACUUCGAUCUUCAACUGCUGCCUCUCAGGCUCAAAAGGUCAUGCACUGACAUACUCAGUCUAUGGCUAUGAGUGUGUGAUGGCCGACAUUGUUCAUAAGUUUUGCUGA